ACAGAGUAUGGUAGGUUUGUGAAAAUCUCGAUCGUUUCACCUCUCUCUCUCUCUCUCUCUCUAUCUCUUUCUCUCUCUAGGCGAUUGGAGAACGAGAAGGUACUAGAAGUUACUUUCUACGCAUAUAAAGGCAAACCCCCCACGACGAGCUGUCGUUAUUCUCUCCUUCUCAGCGACGCUUACCCUUGCUGCUUCUCUACCCAUUUACCUUUCCCCUCCUCUCUAGGGUUUUUCAAUCUGAACGCAGUAUGAGUCGUCAUCCCGAGGUGAAGUGGGCCCAAAGGAAAGACAAGGUCUUCCUUACGGUGCUGUUGCCUGAUGCUAAAGAUGCCAAUGUGAACCUUGAGCCUGAUGGCAUUUUCACCUUCACUGCCAAGGGCGGAGCAGAAAAUCAUGCCUAUGAGCUAAAGCUGGAGCUCUUUGACAAGGUUAUUGUAGAGGAGAGCAAAAUAAACUACGGGGUAAGGAAUGUAUUCUGCAUCUUGGAGAAGGCGGAGAAGGUGUGGUGGAAGAAAUUGUUGCGCGGUGAGGGCAAACUACCUCAUUAUGUCAAAGUUGACUGGGACAAGUGGGUGGAUGAAGACGAAGAUGAUAACGGUGGUUUAGGCGACUUGGAUUUGGGUGGCAUGGACUUCUCGAAACUCGGUGGAAUGGGUGGAAUGGGCGGAAUGGAGGGAAUGGGCGGAAUGGGGGGAAUGGGGGGAAUGGGCGGAAUGGGCGGAAUGGGUGGAAUGGGUGACGACAUAGGUGAAGACUUUGACGACAGUGAUGAUGAAGAGGUUGCGAAACCAGAGGAAGCUGAAGUGGCUGAAAAGAAGGCUGAGGAUAAAGCUGCUGAUGCUACGACCAGCACAUAAGGUCCCGUCCAAGCUCACUGGAUGGAGUUAUCAGAUAUGCGGGAUUUAUAUGGCGGUUUCGGAUUUGGAGACUAUCUAGUAUUUGCUAUUCGUGGAUGUUUUUUCUUCGCCCCCUUCACCGAGACAAUGUCUUUUGAAUAUGAUCACAGUCGCAUGGCAGCUAAUAGUAUUGUCUCGUGAACAAUAUGUUGACAUAAAUUGUUGUAAUUCUGGGUAGAGUUUAGCAUGGAUUUACCGAUUUGGUAUGUUUUGGAUUCAUGGGUAUGAUUCAUGUUUGGUUGACUGGUUUUACGGUUGACAUGCGUCCCCAGCAACCUUAGUUCUGCUUCAGGAGUGCGUUACACGGGAUCUUGUAUGAACCGUUCGGAUUAAUUGAGCCACUUUGGCAUGGAAUCUGAUUGGCAAUUGUUAGCAA